AAAAACAAACAAAGCCCACGAACGAUAAAGCAGAGAUCUUGACUGUUAUAAAUCAGGUUAGGGUUUCAUGGCGGCCUCAGAACCCUAACGUACAAACCAGACGAAACGUAGAGCGGCUGCACCACAAUCACAGCAAAAUGAAGGUUGUUGCUGCAUAUUUGUUGGCUCUAUUGGGAGGGAACACCAGCCCUACUGCUGAGGAUUUGAAGAAGAUUCUUGGUUCAGUUGGAGCUGAUGCAGAAGAUGAUAAAAUUGAAUUGCUUUUGUCUGAGGUUAAGGGUAAGGUUAUCACCGAAUUGAUUGCAUCUGGAAGGGAGAAGUUGGCUUCAGUUCCCUCAGGUGGUGGUGGUGUUGCAGUUGCUGCCGCAGCUGGUGGUGCUGCUGCACCUGCAGCAGCAGCUGCUGAGUCAAAGAAAGAAGAGAAAGUGGAAGAGAAAGAAGAGUCAGACGAUGACAUGGGCUUCAGUUUGUUUGACUAAGGAUCAUGAAAUCAAGCAUAAUCUUGUGUCAUUUUUUAAUGUUACGUUUUUGGUAGUGUUUUUACAGUGUUAUUAUGAUCAAGUGUUUUGUUUUGUUAGACGAUGGAAAAGUUUAAUAUGACCUUUUAUUGAAGUUUUUUUCUGUCAA